AUGGUUGCCUCUCAUACUGGUCAUAACAUAGUGCACUUAUUUGUUGUUUCUUUUGGAGAGAGUGGAGUUGAUGAAGAGGAAUGUGAGGAAGAGGAUGAAGAUGAGGAUGGAGGGAGGACUGAUCUUAACGACCCUUGGUGGCGUGAUAAGAUUAGUGAUGAUGAAGAUCUAUUUGAUGUUGAUGUUGAUGGGAUUGAUGAUGGGGCUGGACCAUCAAAAACACAACCUAAUACGUCCAAUGUAGCGGAGUGUGAGGAUGAGGAAAAUGAUAGGGAUGGAAGAGGUGUAGAAGAGGGUGAUGAUGAUGGAAGUGAUCAUCAUGACAAUGAUAAGGGAGAGGCUGCUGUUGAUGAGCAAGAUGAAGUGGAUAACAGUAGGGGGGAUUUAAUUUAUUUUCAAGAAUCUGGUAAAACUCUAGCCAAUGGGUUGCAUUUGAUUACAUCUGACCAUGCUGUGCUAUCUAUGGUUGCCUCCCAUACUGGUCAUAACAUAGUGCACUUAUUUGUUGUUUCUUUCGGAGAGAGUGGAAUUGGUGAAGAGGAAUGUGAGGAAGAGGAUGAAGAUGAGGAUGGAGGGAGGGUUGAUCUUAACGACCCUUGGUGGUAUGUUGAUGGGAUUGAUGAUGGGGCUGGACCAUCAAAAACACAACCUAAUACGUCCAAUGUAGCGGAGUGUGAGGAUGAGGAACAAGAUAGGGAUGAAAGAGGUGUAGAAGAGGGUGAUGAAGAUGGAAGUGAUCAUCAUGACAAUGAUGAGGGACAGGCUGUUGUUGAUGAGCAAGAUGAAGUGGAUAACAGUAGGGGUAAGUUUAAGAAAUCAUUUGAUGACAAUGAUGAUGAUGAUGAUGAUGACAACUCCGACAUGGGUAGGAGUGAUAUUCUUGUGUCACUAGUCCUUAGUGAUGAAGAUGGUGAAGACGUAUCUGCACCCACAUUAGAUUUUCAUGCUGUGGAUUUAGGGGAUCUAGCCAUUCAGCUUCAGAUGAAAUUCCCAAAUAUUAAGAUGUUUAGGGAAGUUGUUAGGGUGUAUAACCUGAAGAGGGGAAAGGAUGUUAGAUUUUAA